AUGUCUACUCUUACAAGAACCAGUUACUCUGGUUGUCUGAUCUCAGAUAAAUCACUAGAGUAUUAUGUUAGUAUCGGCUACUUGCCCGAUUCUGUCCGCCACACUUGGAUCAUCCUUUCGAUCGUCAACAGCAUUGCUUCUCCUCUGACCAUCGUGAUUAACCUGUUAAUCAUUUGGACGGUGGUGAAGGACACAAAUCUGAGAAAUGUCAACUACAACAUCUUGCUUGCUGCUCUGGCAGUGACUGACCUGAUUGUAGGACUUGUGGUAGAGCCUCUGUUCUCAUUCCACCUCAUAUGCUUCGUUUUGGGAUGUUCAACAUCAUGUACUGCUACCCCUACCAUUAUAGCACAGAUAUCAUGCGCUGGUUCUACACUUAUAAUAUUCAUGGUGUCCAGCGUUGAGAGGUACCUGGCCAUAGAACACACUCAGUUCUACCUGGAAAAGGUCACAACCAAGAAAAUCAUUCUCGCAACGGUCUUAGCGUGUUUGAUCAUUCCAACAGCAACAUUAUCAGCAAGAAUCCUUUUGAACGACCACGGCCAUUUGCAAAAAGCACCGAUCGCAGUGGCUGCCGGUCUGAAUGUUCUCAUCAUUUUAUAUUGCUCAAUGAAAGUACAAGUCACCGCCUACCGUCAAAGAAGAGCCAUCGCCGCACAUGCAGCGACAGUACAACUGCAACAGGAAGAACAAGAAAAGCAGGAAAGGCGACUUGAGGAACACAAGCGAGCAUUUACCAUGGGUGUAUUAGUCCUUGCAUCGAUUCUUCUCUACUGCCCAUACAUCAUCAAUGCCAUCCUACUAGCCAACAAUGGUGGAGACAGAUCCAACUUUAUCUCGACUCCUGGAUUUGCCGCGACGUUCAUCCAUCUACAGUCCCUGUUGAACCCGAUCAUCGUAUCGCUUCGAUUAUCUUACAUUCGUGAAGGUGUGAAGAACAAACUAUGUUGUCGUGAGUAA